CUCAAUUCCCUUUAGAUCUUUUGUCAUUCAUCCACAUUACAUGGUUGAGGACAAUUCACUUCCUAUUGUUAAAGGAAGUGAUCUAUGUAUCUAUAUAUAGAUGUGAAGGUAUAUUGAUCCUUAACUCGGAACACUUUGCCCUCCUACCUUAAUAUAGGGAUUAUAGAAACUAGAAAGGCUAGAUCCUCCUAUCAAUAGAAAGAUGGUCAAAGCAACCUUGGUUGAUAAAAAUGGACUCAGGAAAGGUGCAUGGAGUAAAGAAGAAGAUGAUAAGUUGAGAGUUUAUGUUCAGAAAUAUGGCCACUGGAAUUGGCGACAACUUCCCAGGUUUGCUGGUUUAUCAAGGUGUGGCAAGAGUUGCAGAUUAAGAUGGAUGAACUAUCUCCGGCCGGACGUGAAGCGUGGCAAUUUCUCUGAUGAAGAGGAUAAUUUGAUCAUUCAAAUGCAUGAAGAACUUGGAAAUAAAUGGUCUAUCAUUGCUGGGAAAUUAUCUGGAAGAACAGACAAUGAGAUUAAAAAUCAUUGGCAUACCAACUUGAGCAAGAGAGUGAAGCAAAGCCAAUCAGUUUCUUCUGAGUUGGUGAAUAAAGAGCAGUCAAGUGAAACUUCAGAGUCUGAAGAUAGUCAAGCAGAGAAGUCCGAAACUGAAAGUGUUUCUGUCAAUACUCCAUCAGAACCUGAUCGUCACCCGAAAAUUGUAGAGAACAUUCCUUCACCUCAAGAAAUAUCCUGCAGUGAGUUAUCCUCCAUGAAUAAUGAUUGUGUGUCAGGCAUGAAUGGUGCUGCAGAUAGUUUCUCUCCAAUGGAAAUAUUUCAAGAUUCAGGUUUCUGGAACCAGCCAUUUAUAGCCGACAACAAUGACAGCCAAGAUGGUUAUCAUCAUUCAUUGUUAUUCACAGAAGAAGUAUACAUGCCAUCCUAUCCAUUCAACUAUGACUAUGAUAGUAUGAAUUGGAUCCAGCAAAUGAUGCAGGAACUGCAAGAUAGUAAUUAAAUAAAAAUGGUGCUUUUUUCCAUGAUCAGAUUUGUGGUAGAACACUAAUCACAUGGUAGUAGAAUUGAAUUUCUAUAUAUAUAUAU